CUCUAACACACCAAUUUGUAGGUCAUGAAUGUUGUUUUUUUCACAUAGAGAACAUGGUUCCUAUGGCCCUCAUAUUAGAUUGGUGGAAGACACAGCCAUGUGAUACCCUUAUUAUCUAUGCCCCAAUACAGCUAUAGCAAUUUGUUUUAAACCAUUAACUCAAAUAUUGCAUCCAUAUAUAAGAACCUAGAAACCAUUCCCAAAAUACUCAGCCAUUCACAUUCUCUACUGCUAUAAAAUUACUAAACUUCCAAGCUUUUUCGUCAUAUCAACAAACUCAAAAUGGGUUUUCUUUCUAACCAGAUUUUUCGCCAAUCUCUCUCGGCAGCCGGUAAAUCAUCUUCGAGUUCUUUUGAUGUUCCGAAAGGAUGUGUAGCAGUUUAUGUUGGUGAGGCCGAAAAGAAGAGAUUUGUGGUGCCGAUAUCAUACUUGAAUCAGCCUUCAUUCCAAGAUUUACUUAGCUUAGCUGAAGAAGAAUUCGGUUUCUAUCAUCCAAUGGGUGGUUUGACGAUUCCUUGCGGAGAAGAUACAUUCAAUGAUGUCAUUUCCAGCUUGAAUAGAUAGUAUAAAGGAGAAACCACUUCAAUUAGUACAAAAACAAAAUUUAGGACAGAGAAUAUUAAUUCAAUGUAAAUAUAUAUUAUUGUUAUGCGGCUGAACAAUUUUGUCUGAUUAGAAAAAUUAUUGGAUAUAAAUUUCUGUUUUUUGUUAAA